GAAGAAAUCAAUUUCGAAAUCAUGUUUAAGCUAUCGGAACUGGUGCGUUGGCUCGGUUUGACCGAAUUUGAGAUAUUGGUUAAUCUUUGUGGCCUGCUGGUGUUCACCAUAACGCUGGCAUUCAAAAUCUCGGGCACAUUUAAUAAUGUAUUUCCCGAAAUGAUGAGCGAUUGGUUUAGCAUCUUCAGUCCACUGUUCUUUAUUGACAUUUGUAAUGCAUACUUUUGUGUUAUUGUUGGCAUACGCAUGUACCUGGACUCGGACAACAAACGCAAGGCUCUGCAUCGUUUCAUGUGGAGCACCUAUUUCCUAGUACUGAUUGCCAUCUUCAAGUAUCUGCUGUGUCUCAAACUAUCGGGCAAAACGGGUCUCGAGUACAGCGAAGUAUUCUCGCCCAUAUUUGUUCUGCUCCAGCUGGUCGCAGUGCGUGCCUGCCAGCUGCCCAACUCUAUUUAAAACU